AAAAACUUGAACUUAUCACUUCAAUACUCACCCGCCGUUAAGUCGGAAGGGAGAAAAUAUAUAAAUAUAUUCAAUGGAUAAUAAUGGGAAUGAAUUCAUGCUUUGUCUCAUAAUCUCGUAAAAUUCGAAAUAAAUCACGCGUAGUUCGAUUAAUACCCAACCAGUGGGUGUGGGUGUUGUUAUAAAAGUAGAGCAUAUCCAUGGUGAUAUGAACAGUAGAAGGAACACGUUAUGUGAAGACAGAGUGCAGAAAGACGGUUACCAACGGAAUGGGGAGUGAUGCUGACGUACACAAACGAUUGAACACAAACACACGUGUGGAAAAAUUGAACGAACUGUUGAAGAAACGGCAAAUAAAAGGACGUCUUAGGACCACACUGAGCGAGCUACCUAAGGAUGUUUUGGGUGACAUCGAACUACUUGCUGAUGGCCAUGAGUCCGCGAAAAUACCGGAUUUUCUUCAACAGUUGGUCACCAAAGAAAAGUUUCUACACCUUCAGCUUCUGUUGGAAAAUGUUGGGCUUACAGAAGUGGCAUACCAAGUCUUCACCCUUGCUGAGGUGUCUGAUCAAAUUCACCUUCGCCGAAUAACAGCACCCGGAGUUUUCUACAGGUCGACCAAAAGUCAGGUGCUUGUCCUGGUUUUGAACCAAACCUGCGUAGCCGGCAAGGAUUUGGACCGAGUUCAUGAGUGGCUGCUGGGAUACACCGUAGUGAAGGCGAACAUUUGGGCAAUGAAAAAUGUAGUCAACUUGAGAACCAGCACUGUUGAAAAUCCUGAUGGAUCUUUGAGCACAUCAAAUGAGUUGCACCUUACAACUGAAGUCAGUACAUAUAAACAGCUCUGUAUUAACAUUAGCACGUAUGAAAGUUCUUCACGUUUAUUCAAUCCUGAUGAAGAAAUGCAUUCACAUCAGACUACAGUGUAUAACUUUGAAGCAAAAUUAAUGGAUGGUAUUGGAAAAAUCAGUGAAGACUGCCAUAAAGCUCACUUUGAUUCGACUGAAUUGCAGCUGACACAUGCUGUGAAAAAAUACACGUAUCAAGCAGAUUUAGAACAAUCAACACAGGUGUUAGAUUAUGUCGGAAAAUCGAAAAAGUUGAGGCUUACGGUAGCCCCAAUCCCGUCUGAAAAUGUAGAAGGUAUUGAUGGAAGUCUGUGUUAUCUCAAAUAUGAAUCAAGCUGUUUGAAGCUAAAUUUAUCUCAAAUGCCUGUUAAAAAAAACAUCGGGUUGAUUUUCUCAGAAUUUCCAAUACCAAAACUUGAUGUAAUUCCCGUGUUUUACAUUGAACGAUUUGAACCGUUGUCCAUAAUUGUCAACCAGAUAGCGGAAGGGAAGUCACCAAGAUCUCAGGUAACUAUGAGGUAUGAACUGCUACGCAUAUGUACCUUCAGAACCUACCCGAAAUAUAACAAACCCUUUCUGACAAAAUACGCAGCUGCAGGAUUCUACUACGCUUCUGAUGGUGAUGGCGUUGUUUGCUAUUGCUGUGAAGUACGUCGAUAUGGAUGGGUGGAGGCAGAUGAUCCGAUGGUGGUUCAUAUAAGAAUUAAUCCAAGAUCCAAAUUUAUCAUAAACAACAGUGAGCACAAUGUUCCAGCCAUUGCUGAUGGACCAUUAAGGAAGAAUGUUGCAUGUAUAUAUAUGAUUCCUGACUGCGUACAACCCCAAAGCCCAGGAGCAGAUAUUAAGAACAGUCACAGAAAGAGCCUUGGAGUCCAAAUGGCGAUACCAAAACACCCGCACAUGGCUAUCAAAUCAGUGAGAGAACAGUCCUUCACUGGCAAUUGGCCCAACACAUCAAAAUAUUCUCCUGUACAACUGACAGAUGGCGGUUUCUUUUUCACAGGCCUCGGAGAUUGCGUCCGUUGCUUUUUCUGCGGGAUAGGAUUGAGGCACUGGGACAAAGAGGACGACAUGUGGGUGGAGCAUGCACGCUGGUCACAGAACCGCACUUUCCUCAUACAGAAGAAAGGCCAGAACUUCGUGGAUCUUGUUCAACUUGCGGUUGAGCAACUGGUUGACACGGACCUGUCAUCCAACACUUUGUAUAAGAACCUUGUCAGUGAAGCUGCCCAGAAGGUUUUGGAUCAGUCAGAAUACACACCGCAACAAAUAAAACAAGCAAUUGUUUAUAUGUUAGCAAUCAACAGCAACACCAUUGUAACGGUAACGUCACUGCAACAGAAGGUUGCUGAGCAAAUAAAUGUAUGUGAUACCAACAUUCAACGCAAUGAUGAAUUGGGAAAUGCUCCGGAGCCGCCUGCCAGGAAUUCUCUUGUCAACAAUGAGUCUUCAACUGCAGUUGGAGGCCAUUCGACAAUGAAUGAAAUAAGUGACUUGAAAGACCCAGAAGACAUAAAGCAGGAGAACGAGAAAUUAAAGGAACAAUCAUUUUGCAAGGUUUGUUUAGACGACAUCGUAAGCAUCGUGUUCCUUCCAUGUGGCCACCUUGUCACGUGUGCAGACUGCGCCCCAGCACUUAGGAAGUGUCCGAUCUGUAGAGCAGACAUCAAGGGAACUGUGCGAACUCUUAUGAAAUGAACGACAGCGGGUAUAUCAAGAAUAUGACUUACAAUGAUUAAUAUGUGUAUGUUAUGCAUCUAUAAUAAAUGUUUACCUUCAAUUUAUCACAUUGAAACAUUGUUCGUUUAAUAUGUUUAACAAUUAUAUAUAUAUUUAUUUUUGUUUCAUAGUUUCAUUUGAGUUAUUUGACUAUGAGAAUACUAUAUAACAAUAAUUGUCUAGACCGCUUUCUGAAACCUGAAAGUUCGAUAUAACUGUCACAAUGGUCUGGUUUAUGUGCUUGUGCGAGUUCCUCCACAACUGCUGGUAUUAGUCCGUCCGAGCUGUGCUGAACAGUAUUUUUGUCAUGCUUCAAACUAUUUUACAUUAACUCACCACAAAGGUCAACAAUUUGAGAGUCGGCAUGCCGCGAGUAACAUCUAUUCACCCUCUUCUCUGUUGGCAUAUUUGACAUCAAUGACACGGUAUUCUUUGAAUAAAUGCUCAUCAAAUCA